CCGGACUUUUGGGGUCCGCACCUCUCUCACUAAGUCCUCUGAGUCUGCCGCGUUCACUCCAGAGGGCAGGGACGUGGCGGCGACUUUUCUCAGGCACUGCCACCGCAGUCCGGCUCCCCGAAGAGCGCGGGCAUAGCCACCCCUGCUUGACAGGAGGUGCUGGGGGUGCUGCUCUCACCCGAGUGCCCCUCCCGGGGGCUUUAGGUAGCUCGUGGGUCUCAGUGAGCAGCCCCGGACACUUGCCUACAGUCAGGGCCAGGCUUUCCUAGAAAAAGCCGAGCUAUAAAAAGAAGAAGAGAAAAGCCGGGAAGCGAAGCGGACAAGGGCAGCCUGCAGGUUGAUCGAGGGCCUUAAUCUCGGGCGCGUGAGAGCCGCUGCUUUGCGGCGCCUGUUGCGCUCUCCGACGGCCCGCAGCGUGCGCGGCGGCGGCUGCUAAAGCGCUCACCUAUCGGUCUUCCCAGAGCGCGGUAUUCAUAGCAUGUGUACUGCUGUAAAAUAUCCUGCGGAGUUGCCUGGGGGCCUUUCUCUUUCCCAUCUCAGAAACAGCCAUGACCAGGAAGAUCUUCACGAACACCAGGGAGAGGUGGAGGCAGCAGAAUGUCAACAGUGCCUUUGCCAAGUUGAGGAAGCUCAUCCCCACUCACCCUCCAGACAAAAAGCUAAGCAAGAAUGAAACACUUCGCCUGGCAAUGAGGUACAUCAACUUCUUGGUCAAGAUCUUGGGGGAGCAAACCUUGCAGCAAACGGGAGUGGCUGCUCAGGGAGGAAACAUUCUGGGGCUCUUCCCCCAAGGACCUCACCUGCCAGGCCUGGAGGGUGGCGUGGCGCUCAGUGACUACGGGGUUUCUUCACCUGGCCCAAGCCAGCAGCUUCCGUAGAGUGGCUCUGGCAGCACCCCCAACCCCAGCACUUGUUCAGAAGUCACUGGCUGAAGACAGCCUUUGCAUGUUCCACAGUCAACUUGAUGAAUAGCUUGUGAGGCACAGAUUUGGGCUUCAUGGGAGAUGGUUCAGGGACAGCUGCAGGAGCUGAAAAGAGCCUAUUAAGAGCGUCGCCCUGGGUCCAUCCACGGCUGAGACUUCAGACAGAACAUUCUGCUCCUCCUAUUUUAUAAAUCCAGGUUCUGCAUAAGACAUUUGCAAAAAAAAAAAAUCAUAGGUUCAUAAACUUACUGUUUUAAUCAUUGUUUUCAGUCAUAAGAAAGGAGUUUUCUCAUUAUGGCUCUCAGGUGAAUAAGCAGAGUAUGUUUUUCUCAGAACAUAUUUAAAAAUUUGUUUUGAAAAAUGAGUCUAUUUGAUCAAAGGCAAACAAAAUAAAUCUUAAGAUUUAUGAGUGAAAAGACAGCCCCACAGAAACCAACCUGAAAGAUGUGUGGGAAAAUCGGUGGAGAAAGUCCCUCUGAGGAAUGGGAUUACAUUCUUCCUCCUAUGGAAAUGUGAGGUGUUUACUUGCAGGGAGCCAUUUAUACACAUUAACUCUAAAGCCAAAUAGUACAUUGCAUUUGUGAAAGGAAAAGACUUGACAAUUUAUCAGAGUUCAUAGUUUUCUUAUAGAAAAAUUAGCUAAAAUAAGUCAGCAGUCACCUUAGUUUCUUUUUAACUUUUAACUCAGCCUGAGUUCCAAUGAGUUAAGACCUGCAGAAGUCAAUUUUAACUAUACAAAAUUCAAACAUUACCAUUUAAUGGUUAUUUAAUAACCCAGUUUAAACAAAAAAAAAUUAGUAUACACAAUAGAAAUGUAAUACCAGACUCUAGUGAACUAAAGAAUUUGGAAUUUGCCUCUCUCUUGUAGAGCAUUAGUUUAAUCUUAUGCUGGAAUUAUAACCCAGUAAGUCAUUGAAACAGCAUGUACCCUUGCUGCACACAGUGUCACACACCAUCCUGAUCUUGAUAAAUCUCUUAAUUGAGCCCAGAAUACAAAUAAUACCAUUUAAUUAUCUCGAGGACAUUCUAUUUCCCCAAAGUUCUUGAGGGUACAUUGGUUUUAAAAUCUUCUGAAGCCCAAGUGGGCUAUCUGUGGAUUUGCGGUUAGGAAUUUCCACUGCAUGCAUAAUAGAGGAAUUUAAAUUUCCUUCUACUUUAGAAAGAAGGUGUUUUAUUUAUGAAUGAGCCUUCCUGGUUUGGUGAUGAGACAAAAACUGGGUGAGUCUUUCAUAAUCUCACUCCCACUGAUAGCAAGGUUAUCAGGGCAUUCGAGUCUAAAUAGCCUCUGGACUUACAACACAGGGCUUUCUUCUGGGUCCCUUAUUUAACCUGCAUUUGGUGAACUUCCCCAUGGACCUCAUAUAACUCAGGGAAACUCAUAAACACAGAGAACAGGAAUUUUCCCCUGAAUAUGCAUGUCUUUCUCAACAGUUUGAGUGGAUUCAAGCUUGUCCUCAAACUAUCAGGUGGUGAGGCAUUUUACAGUUUCGAUGACAGUUAUCAGUUAAGUAUUAUCUACUCUCAUCUGGCAUUAAACUAAAUUAACACUUUUUUUGAAGGGUGGUACCAGGGAUUGAACUCGGGUCCUUGCGCUUGCAAGGCAGGCCACCGAACCAUUGAGCUAAAUCCCUGGCUAAAAUAACACUUUUGACAGUAUUUUUAUAUUAGCUUUAUUUUAACAUGUUGCCAAGAAAAACACAAAGCACCUGUGUACCCAAAUACAGCGUUUUCUGCUCUACCCAGAAUAAGUUCAUGUUCCGGUCUGGAUACACAAAGAAGACCUUUCCACAGAUGUGUAAUGGAGGGAUCCUGAAAAGAUGAGGAGAUUGUGCUGUCAUUAACUUUAUGAAGAUGAUAAUUAAAGAAACUUUGCAGGAAAUUCCUUAAUAAGUGAAUAAACCUAUACAUUAUUACUCUUUGUAAUUCACCUCUUAAAGUAUGUACUUUGUCACCUUGGAUUUUUAUAUUUCAAACUGUAGUACAGUGUUAGAAAUAAUUAUAAUCACAAGUGGACCAAAACCUUAGUAAGGUAUCUAGGAGAUUGGAAACUAAUUCAAAAAGCACUCUAGCAUACUCUUUGAUGUCUAUACUUAACACUUUAUAAUUGCAGUAAUAAGAAUUUAUGGUUUAGCCAGGCAUGGUGGUGCAUGCCUGUAACCCUAGCACUUGGACUUUGAUCACUGUGAGU